AUGCGUCCAAUCCUUCUUCAAGGUCACGAACGCUCGCUGACACAGAUCAAAUACAACGUGGAUGGCGAUCUCAUCUUUAGCUGCUCAAAAGACCACCGCAUCAAUGUGUGGUAUUCACAUAAUGGAGAGAGACUAGGCACUUAUGAUGGUCACAAUGGCACCAUCUGGACCGUCGACGUCGACAGCGAGUCGAGAUUCCUCGUUUCUGGCUCUGCAGACAACAUGAUGAAACUAUGGGAAGUCAAGACGGGAAAGUGCUUGUUCACUUGGGAGUUUCCAACCGCGAUCAAGCGUGUGGCAUUCAGCGACGACGACUCGUUGAUCGCAUGUAUCACCGAGCAACGUAUGGGUCACCAAGGUGCCGUUCGUGUCUUCCCCGUCAACCGCAACGGCACCGGCACCGAGCAAACCCAAGAGCCACUGUCCAUGUUCCACCCAAUCGAGAGCAAGGCGACCGUCUUGACAUUUGGGACGACGUCGGAUCAGAUUAUCACGGGACAUGAGUCGGGAAAGAUUACCCUCUAUAAGACCAAGACGGGCGACGAGGUCGUGUCGAACAAGCGUGCUCAUCGAGAGGUUGUGACGGAUAUCCAAAUGAGUCCAGAUAGGAGCUAUUUCAUUACGAGUAGCAAGGACAAGUCGGCAAAAUUGUUCGAGGCCAAGACGCUCGAUGAGCUCAAGUCGUAUGUCACCGAGACGCCAUUGAACAGCGCAGCCAUCGCGCCCAAGCGACCAUACAUCCUGCUCGGAGGUGGGCAGGAAGCCAUGAACGUGACGACUACAUCGCUCCGCCAGGGCAAAUUCGAGACGCGGUUCUGGCACAAAGUAUUCGAAGAGGAGGUUGGAAGAGUAAAAGGGCACUUUGGACCCAUCAACACCAUUGCUGUACAUCCGGCAGGGACUUCAUACGCUUCUGGAGGUGAAGACGGGUUCAUUCGUGUUCACCAUUUUGACGAUUCGUACUUCCGAGCACGACCGUACGGCGACUUGGAGCCAGAAGAGGACUGA